GUUCGUAACAUCAGUCCUCCCCGUGCCAUUAUCACGUACCUAACCGUUUCCACCCCUGAUAAUGUAAACAUUGCUCGUCAACCUUUCAAUGUGACCUAAUUUUGCAAGUGCGACAUUGCUCACCUAAUGGGGUCCUUCUUAGUUCAUCUCAUUUAAUGGAUAUCUACGUAUUUAUUUUUUAAGUUGCGACAUUUAGUUGAAAAUGAAACUCAAAGAUUUAUCUGAAAAUGAUACUAGUAAUGAAGACAUCGUGCCAAUCGCCGUACAAAUAUUUCUAUGGAGACAAACUACACCUUUUAUGCGGCCAAGAUUCGGAAAAGUUCAUGAUUCAGCAUGCAUGUUCUGUCAGCGAGCUCCUGGACACCACGAAUUAAAAGAAGCUUGCAAAUCGUUUGAGAAAGUAUUGGUGCAAAAUCUGCGCUUUGGACUAGCGACCAAUCUUACAGACGCUAUAGAAGCAAUCCCACGAUGGCGGCUCAUACAAGCAGCUUUGCCACAUGUGAUGCAUGCCUUAGCAGGCCUUCUGCACAACAGAGUGAAAGACAACAUGCAAACCCUGGGCAAUGUAGAAACCAAACUUCUUUACACUUUACAUUGGAUAUUACUUGAUGCAUCAGAUGAAUGUGCUGAUAAUGACUAUGAGAAUGGAAAAUAUUACUCCAAUCCUUAUCACUAUUUAUUUUCUGUGCCAGCUAUAACUCUUUUUGUGUUUCUCUUUGCGCCUAUAUCCCAUCAUUUGAAAGAAUCAGAUUUCACCAGCAACUAUAGACUAGAAAAUGGUUUGAAGCUCUGGCAGGCUUUGUGGGAGUUUAGGCACCCUGAUGCGGCAUGCUUCACCACCUUGGUCAAACCUAAGCCAAAGCCACUUGGUGGAAACUAUGCAAGGAGACCUCAUCAUGGAGACGUUUUUAUGGGCCGCAAAUUUUCAAAGGAAGAAAGCGCAGUAAACGGCAGCCCUCCAAGUCAAAUCAUAUCAGGCUCACAAUCCGAAGCGCCGUCCAAACAAGCCAGCACCGAGGACGAGCCGUGGCUGUCAUCGCCCAAGGAGACCAUCUUCCCGGAGACCAUCCCUGAAGAGAGCUCCAGCACUGAAGAGGAGCAUGUGUUUAUUUACCGUCUACCCUCUGAACAAAACUAUAGUGGCGUAAACAGAGGCGCGUAUACGGUGUAUGCGGCCGAUCCUAGCAUAUUUCAAGUGAAGAAAUCAGAUCCCACCAAACCGACUCUACCAGGCAUAAAACCUUUACCACAGAUCACUAAAAUGAGUUCUUCAGAUAAAGAAUCAUUAACUGAUAGCGGCGGAGGACCUGGUUUAAAAGGUACACCGACUUCUGCAGAAAAAUCUACCAGCAUCAAACAAAUUCAGCAUGUGUCUGCUGCAACCUUCCUGGAUGUUGCAACUUUGCGAUGUCUUUUUGCAUCGCAAUGGCAGGAAGAAGGUGUAUAUUGGGCUUUACAUUAUUUAUACAAUAGGUUACGUGAUAUUUGCGACGACAUUUCCAAGCAAAUACAACCACGAAAAAGAAGUAAUUCCUUGCCAAUACCUAAGAUAGAAGUUUCAAUAUACCAAAGUCCAGAAAUAAAGGAUAGAGAUUCGUUAAAAAACUUCAUGGAGGUUCCCGAGUCGAAGGAUAUUUCGCCUGUAACUGAAAUUCCGUUCGCGCCUAAGAUCGACGAAGAUAACAUUAUGUCCAGAAGGGCGAGCGAAAAAGUGAAACGGAAAAUGAAAAUGGCCGACCUGAAAGCGUUUGUAGAGUUGAAGCUUUUAUCGAAAUCAGAAAAAGCGUUGGAAAAAAUUGGUCAAGAAGAUCAUAAAUUCAGUUUUCAUACUGCAGUAAGAAUGAUAUCUGAAUAUCACCGAAGUCUCGACAACGCCGACGAUCGGCCCAACUCGGCUCUCGCAAGCAACUUUCCUCCGCUGGCUCCCAGACUUUCUGGGGAUUUAUUUCAAUGCAAUCUCAUAAAAGGAAAAAGCAUGCCGAGCCUUAGCUGUCUCAUAGACGAGCUAGCAUCCAAUGGGUAUAUUGGCGAAAUCAAAACAGAGCGAGCGCACGGGGUCCCGAGCGCAAAGCCAACGAACGUUCAGAAAAAGAAAAAUCCCAUUAUUACUGUAACAGAACACACGCCUACGCCUUCGCCUGAUUAUCUUUCGAAAACUAGACAAGGUUCUCUGGAAUCUCAAAUGGACUCGGUAAGCAUGCAAGGCUCGCAACACAUCCCGACACCGGAACGCAAGCCGAGCCUAACGAGGUCACAGACAGAUUCCAAUAUUACAUACAUUGUAGAAGAAAUACACGAAGCGCCCGGGUCACUUUACUAUAUCACUAAGGAAGGAGAUAUUGACUUUCAAGUCGUGCUUAAGGCAGUGUAUUCAGUUUCGAUCAUGGAUAGUUUCUAUAUAACAGUAAGAGUGAUGGAAGUGAUGCUGAACUUAGUAGAUACUCUCAUGGAAGUGGGAGUGCACCAAAACUGGCAAUCUGAUUCUGACCAGGACGCUCAACCAGAAACAAUCGAUCCAUUAGCAGAUUUCCAGAAAGAUAAGGACAGCAAGGAAAGAGACUCGGGCAUACCGUGCGCCCAGAGUCAAGAUUCGACUAACGUUGAAUGUGGUGAAAGUAAGGAAAAAUCAAAGGAGGAAGAAAAUUUUGAUUGCCCGUAUUAUAUGCUCAUGUACAUUAUUCUCAGAUUACUCCGUCAAUUGGGCUGUUCCCAUGGCUGCACGUCAGCUUUAAGAGGACCUCAGGCGGAAUGCCUCCGCGUCCAAGCAAGAAAUUCACUCCGUCUGCUUCGUUCUGCGUCCAUCACUAAAUUCACGUUGCGUAUCAAAGAGAUGACUAAAUUCGCUCCCAUAAGGGAGGUGUUGGACAACCUUCAUGCCACGCUGGGUUAUUGCGCUGAGCCGGCGUCUAUGGUUUCGCCAAUGAAUCAACAGAAGAGGAAUUUCUCAAAAUCUCCCGAUAUCAGCCACUUACAGGCGGGAUACGCUACGAACUUUGGAGCAGGCCAAGGUCCUAACGCAAAUAGAGCCAUAGAAAAUUUCAUAGUGGAAUCUACAUUCAGAGAGCUUGUUACUAGAUUUGCUCUCAUGCACCGAGAAUUAAAGCUGCUGGAUAAUUCCGCUUUGUAUGCAGAAGUGCGUCUACUGCUAAGUUACGUGCGCGAAGCUCACGGCGGAGAGUUUCGCGUGGUGGCAUUCAGUGGCCUCAUGGACACUGCUGAGCGGCCAGGCACACAACCGAAAGAAUCACACAUGCAGACUACCAGAGUCAUCAGGCAUAUCACGAGAACGGCAGAUGACGAGCGCGGUUCAGAUACAGGCGCAGAUUCCGGCUGCGCGGCUGAUGACCGUAGUCAUAAAAAGUUCACGUUCAAAAAGAGGAGUACCUCUUCGACUGGUGCCCAUAGCCUCUUAGAAACAGAAGCAGGCGAUGAAUCAGCUAGCCAGUCGCCUCUAUCAGUACGCACACGAAGAUACCAGCUCACGCCGCGACAGUCUGAGAGGACAAUCCCUUCCGCUUCGUCCGCUGACAUGACUCCCCACAUUAAUAUCACGCAUACCAAGUCUAUACCUUCGAAAUUUCACAUCAGCGGUAUAGUGAACUGGUUCCGUCAGAAGCCUGCGGCUCAGACGCUGGUGCGCAACGGCGCAGGCUCGGGCGAGUCGCUGCCGAUAUCGGGCAGCAUGGCGUCGCUGGCGCGCCCCUACCACGCGCAGCCCGUUCACGUCUCGCGACCCGUGCACGUCAAACGACGAGUCGGAUACACUCUCAACAGAGCAAGAAAGAGGGUCGAAGACAGAUUAAACAGAUUCGGCCUUAGAAAAAUAGGAAAAAAACGGGACGGAAGUAUCGAGGAAACUACGGGAGGAUUCAUGUCCCGUCGCGGCUCAGCCGAGGGUGGGUCGGGCGGCGGGGACUCAGAGGUGGUAGUGCUGAAGCGACGUAGACUGGUGGCGGCCGCGCCGCUGUACGCCGGCCUCGCGCGCUUCAGCUUCAUUCUAGACGCCACGCAACCGGGCGGCACGCCUGAUGCGCUCUUCAUGGCUGCGCUCUUGGAUCUUCCGCAUACAGUAGUGGUUGGUCGAGCUGCAAUACUUCUGGAGUGUGCAUAUUUAGUUCACAAUUGCAACAAAGGACAAUGGCCUUAUUGGCUGAAAUCCAAUAUGGCCAAAAACCCUUUAUCAUCUGGUCCCCUACAAUUAAGACGACAACGUCUAGCUGGAAAACUGUUCUACCAAUGGGCAGAAGCAAUAGGGAAUAGACUUGAAGACAUGUUGAAUGAGGACAAAAAGCACAUUGACACUGUUGUCAAUCUUGUGAACGAUCCCGAUGGACAAAGAGAAUUGUUGCAACAAGACGAAGAGGAGGACUUCUUAGAUGAAGCUAGUAUUCGUCUUCCUGGAAAAACUAUCGGAGCGGAAUGUCCUCGGGCGCUUCGAAUAGUCGCUUGCGUGCUUCUCUUUGAAAUCACGGCAUUUCUUCGAGAGACUUACCAAAACUUGCCUAAAUCAUGUCGAUCUUCGUUAAAGGAAAGAGGUCCUUGGGACAGAGUAUACAGGUGGAUGCAAAAGCGGAGACGUUUAUUGUGUAAUACUAAGGCUCUUAGCAGUCAACACACAUUAAUGCCAGUCGAGGAAGCUAAUCGGCGCUGGAGUAUGGCAUUAUCCAGUAUGGGACAUUCUCAAGCUUCAGCACAAAGUCUACAAUCUAUUGCUGGGGCAGAGACUGAACGAAAGAUUUCCUUUGUUCUACACGAGCCAGAAAAUGUAUCUGGCGGAAGUAAUGUUACAUUGCCAGAAGCAGUCCCAACUGAAGACAAGAAGUCAAGAUUGGGCUCUCGUGGGAAAGGCAUAGCCCGUCGAAACACCCAACAACAUGCGGCUUACGGGUCAUUCAAACGGCGUUCCAUUAAGUUGAGGCAAAAGGACCCGCGAGAACUUGAUGAGUUCAUAAAUCGAAGGUCUGAUUCAAUCCAAAGUAGAAGAAAAGUUUCAUCAUUAUCUGAUAGGAGUGAUACAUCUGAAGUUUAUCCCGGAACAGGUGGCACAGUGAUAAUGCCGAAUGAGGUCGAUAGUGGUGGUGAGGAAAGCCCGGGUGUUUUGUCCGAUGACCACGACCAUCCGCCCGACAGCCCCGACAGUAAUUCGACAGAUCUACCGGACUUAAAUAAAGGUUUCCCUUGGCUUAAGGUGAUAGUGAAGUUCUUAAAUUCUUUCAACUAUGUAUGCUGUCAUCAAAACUUUUGUCAUCCAUAUUGUUUCCGCCGUAAUAUGCGAGCAACUGUUCGACUCACGAAGUCUGUUCAAAAGAUAUAUGGGGAAAAAUUUGGUCCAGAAAUAAACACAACAAAUAAUGAAGAAGGGUCAGGUGGAACGAGAAGGGGUCGCCGCGCACGGAAACCUUCUGAACAUGCAAGUGAUAGAAUCGAUCGAUCAGUGUUAGAGAGUGCCGGUUUGGCCUACCGCACGUCCGGCGUGGAAACGUCUAUACCCACUCAUGAAGCCCCGCCCGUGAACAAGCCCGGUACCAUACCGUACCCUCCUCUUGAACCACCGCCUAUACUGAAGUACAUCAAAACGCAUGUUCGCGAUGCGUACCACGCGCCACUAGCCGCUCUAGUUAAAGGUGCGACCACACUGCCCGAGGAGGUGUUCGCGGACGCAGCGGGUGCGGCAUGGCACCUGUUGCUAGAAGCGGACCGCGAGCUAAGCGCGUGUGCGGCUGCACUUUUCAUACUUGCAGCUGUGAAGGCUCCUGCCGCCGCCGCACAUCUAAUGCAUCGCCAUUUGAAACAUCCCGAUCCUGCCUUCAGAAUUAACGCCAUUUUGAGAUUCCAAGUAAUGUGGAAGUUACGUUACCAAGUAUGGCCUCGUAUGGAAGAGGGCGCUUCGAUGACGUUUAAAGUGCCUCCUCCGGGCAUCGAAUUCACUCUCCCGUCACCAAAGAUAGGCAUCGAAUCGUUAGCGGUUGUAGACCCACCAUGGAGUCCACAAGUCAAAGAUAAGGAUAUGGAAAUGACUAUCAAUCAAGAGCGUCAUCGAUCAUUGGUAACUGCAACUAAAACCCGUAAAAAGCAACAAACGGAAGCAAUUAAGAAGGCACUACAGCAGCGCGAUGAUAAGAAAAAGGCUGAACGAGAGAGCUUUCUUAUCACAACCAUUCCCAUAACGCGGCAAGCGGCGCGAGAACCGGCCUUAGAUCACGCAGCCGAUGAUCAUAUUGAACCUCCACCAGAUGAGGAGAUCGUGGAAGGAGUUCGCGGCUCGCAUCACACACAAGUAGCGUCAGCACUGUUCCCUUCGGUAUUGUGCUCUGCGGUGGCAGAAAUUAUAUCUCUUCUGGACGAUGCUGCUGUUUCCCGCGAAGGAUGUUCUGUUUAUGAAGUGGCUUAUCAGGUUAUAUGGGGAUGUCUAGUGGAAGAUUCGGCGCUGUUUUUACGUCACGUACUGGAAAGGCUAACAAGAGACCAUCAAGACGACAUGUUCAAACUUCUACGCCAUCUGAUACGAUUCAUACCACGACUACCGCAACAGGCCGCGUUCGCUUUGUACAACUACAUCAUUGGAUAUGUUAUGUUCUACGUGCGAACGCCUCAUGAAGAUGGGCAGAGACUUAUCGGUGCAGCAUUAUCUAUUCUCUGGAUGGUGGUACACAGCGUCCAUGGUAUAAUGUUUAAAGAUUUAAAACAAAUAUUGCGCAAAGAACAAUGCGACGCUUCGAUUCUUCUGACCGCAAAUGUACCCGCCGCUAAAAAGAUCAUUGUACAUGGUCCAUCGGACAACGAAGGCAGUAUACCAUCACAAUUCCCUGUACAAGAAGACACUCAGUUUUGUCAAAUUUUGAGAGAGUCUCUUGAUUACUUUGGCAUUCCCGAAAAACUGCAUGAUGAGCAUUUCUUAGUGGAUUUUAAAACACGUCAAAUUCAUAACGCUCAAAGUUACGUCCGCGACCACUAUUUCUUCAAACGCUCUCAAUACCCGCAAUUGAGACUCGUGCAUAUGGAACCGGAGGAGGCUUUCGAAAAGUUACAACAGCAAGAACUGUUACAGAAAUUCGUGGAGAUCGGAAAAGUAUCGCUUACUUGGGCUAUCCUUAAAAAUGUGGAUAUGGUAGUCCAAAGAGUAGUUUUCCUUCACGAUGAACUGAUGAAAUUGCCAUCGUUUCCAAGGAAAGCUCUGGAAGCGGAUCUAGCUUUGUAUAGCCGAGGGCCUUUGGGCUCAACACUGCUUGGUUUAGAUGUACUGCAUAAGUUUAUGUGGGUCCGUCUAAUAGCCCGUAUGUUUGAAGCGAUGGCAGGAAACUUUACAUCGUCUAGAGACAUACAUCUCUUCUUGAACGUACUCAAUGGAGCCUUGAUGCUUCACAGCGAAGAUUCGCUGAUACUCCGAUAUGUUAUAGCAACCUAUGUGAACGCCGCUUUCAACUUCAAGAACAUAUUUUCUACUAAUGGCUAUCUCCUCAUAAUGCCAACACUGCUACAAAUUUACUCAAACUUCCAAACAAAUAAGCUCGUGACUACGACCAUAGAAUAUGCCGUGAAGCAGUUCUAUUUGCUGAAUAGAAAGCCAUUCAUUCUACAAAUGUUCGGUUCCGUAUCUGCUAUACUAGACACCGAUGAAGAAGCAGCUUUUGGUGACGCAAGUAAAGUACAAUCCAGCUGUUUAUUCAACCUCUUACUGAGCCUCGAAACUCCAUCACCAGACCCCCUUCACAUCGCAGAACUAAUUAAAGAAGAAAAGCCACUCAAACCCAUAGACUUCUGCUAUAGAGACGAAGAUGAAAUGGUCAAUGUAUUGGACUGCAUCAGUCUUUGCGUUAUGGUUGUAUCGUAUUCUGCGGAAAGUAUGCGUGGAUACCAAAUGCUUAUUAUACUGGAAGCAAUACUGCCGUGCUAUGUGAAGCAAAUACAACUUCCAACCUACAACCGAGAAGGCAAAACGGAGAAAGAGAUCAUUCAACAACUUGCUAUAGCCAUCAAAACUCUUGUCAACAACUGCGAAGGACUAUCUAAAUCAUACAACGGGCCUUACCGAACGUCACCAGAACACAAAGGUUCCUCCCAACGAGGCUGCCCCAGGCCUCCGGCAACCGCUUUCAUGGCUCUCGAUAUACUGGACGACGAAUCUCAUUCCAGAUAUGUCAGCGACCACUCUCGAAUGCCCCCCGUCACUGAUUACACCGGCACUGAGGAUUCUGAGCUUGUACGUGCAGAAUACCGUCGUCCACGCGACGUAUUGCUGUCUUUGGUUGGCGACUUCAUCGACCGUGCGACCUCACGUUUGAUGGACUUGAACGGAUCUAAGGGCAGUGGUGGUACUGAAGGGAAACCUGUCGAGUUACUCGAUUCCAAGUCCCAUGCGAGAUUAGCUGAAAUAGCCCACUCAUUACUAAAAGUGUCACCAUACGACCCAGAGUCUAUGGGUUGCAGAGGUUUGCAACAGUAUAUGAUGCAAGUACUGCCAGCUGCAGACUGGGCUGAUGAUGCUCUAAAACCCGCGCUAAUCAUGAUUUUACGCAGACUGGAUAAGGUAUUCAUGAAGAUUGCCAAAAAACCAAGUAUAAGGAGAAAUACAGACUGGGACUCUGCAGCAAUUUUACUGAAGGGCAUUUAUGAAACGAUGCUGCGCUGUCCUUAUAUAGUGCACUGGCAGCAAGUAAAAACAUUACUUAACACUGUUCAGGCCUUGAUAGUAUCGGAUAAUAACAGCGGCGAGAACUUAUCGUCAGCAACAGCUGCUUUGAUGUCACAACCGCCUCCUCCACAUUUUGGUAGCACUGUUGUACGUUUGAUCGCAUUACAAGUUGGCCAUACUGGGGACAGCUAUACUUUGGAACAAAUGUGCGGCGGGAGUGCAAUUUUUCCAACGGCUGAUAAAACGGAGAACAUGCUUAUGAAUUUAAUCAUGCCUUUAAGUCUACGUGUCGGUGCUGGAAGAAAGGACGUGCCUCCGCUGCGGCAGUCGGACGUAUCGUACCUGGUGUCGGUGGCGGUGAGCGCGCUGUGCCCGCCCGCGCCGCCGGGGCAGGCCGUGGCCGUCAACGCCAAGCUGGGCGCCGACGCGCGCGCCAACUCGCUCACCUUCACCGGCAGCCGCGACACGCGCAACACCACCCGCCUCUCCAACAUACUCUACAGGAUCGCCUUUCUAGCUCUAAAGGUGCUAUGCGCAUGUUUCACGAGCGAACUGUGCAGCGAGUGGGGACGGAUAGCGCGGGCGAUUCGCGAGCUGGGACGCCGGAACGAGGCCGCUCACCAUUUGUGGGACUUCCUCGAGUACAUCGUUACAUAUCGCACGCCGCUUUACGUCCUUCUGCAGCCCUUUAUCGUGCAUAAGCUAUCUCAGCCGCCGAUCGGUGAUCACGAGCGUCACAUGCAGUUCGUAGUACGUGAGCGUAUCCGUGGACUCAAGCUGCCCGCGGCGCGCGCUCGCGGCUCGCUGCUGGCCGAGCUGGCACGCGAAUUGCGGAUUAUGAGGGACACGCAUGACAAUUAUAAAUUCGAACAAUUAGAGAACAUCGGACAAAGCGGAGGAAAGCGCGCGUCGGAGGCAGUGCCGCGUCAGGGGCUGGGCGACAAGGCUCAGCAGCAUCGGCCCUCGCUCAUCUCGAUGUUAGUGGGCCGCGCGCCCGCGCCCAGGACGCCGGACCACCCCUCCGCUCCACUGUCGGCCCAGCGAGAAUCACUGUCAAGCAGUUCUACAACUAGUCAACCCGUGUUCGACCUUCCCAACAACAACAACGGCCGAUUUAGUGACAACAGUAACAACAAUGUCCACAACACCAAUGCAAAUAUAGGAACAAUAAACAACAAUUUUGGUGGCGACCAAAAACCGAUACUUAGCACGCCGCCAUAUGGAAAUAUUCAAACAAAACUGCGCUUCGUGUCAUCGGUCGAGUUUAAAUUGACUACAGGAGCAAUAGGAGAGGCAGCACUAACGCCUCUCUCGCCAGUAUCGGCGGUGUCGACGGGCGAGUCGUGCGAGGAGGCGGGCCACGACGCCGGCGACGAGCGCCCGAGGCUGCAGCGCGCGCACGGCCCUUCCAAGAAGACUUUCAAGUUCCGACGCAGUCGCCACGCCAAGCCUGAGGCAUCAACACACGUCCGUUUAGAAUCGGACGAGUGCUCGUCGCCUGGGCCGGAGGGCACGCCGCUGCGGCGCGCGUGGCCGGCGCUGCUGCAGCCCACCGCCACAGUCACCGAUACUUCUUACGAUAGCGAGAUCUCGCAGACGUCCUCCACUUCCGGAUACAGGGAGAGUUACAGCCUGCAAGCGUCCAUGUCCGAGUCCCCAUGCGGCUCGGUGCGCGCCGUGCGCAGCGAGUCCGCCACGCCGCACGCCAGCCCCGACGGUAAACCGCUCCAUCUUUGAGCUGUGAAUCAGCAACAUCCUCUGCAGAAAGAACUGCUUUACUUGGUGCCGCCAGUCAACGCUCCCUUCUAUUGAGCAGUGAACUUAGGGAUGAAGAUACUCUACUAUAAAACCAUAUUUUUCCUUCCUAAUAUUGUAGUGAUUGUACCUCUAGUAUUGUCAGUCGUACAAGUUCUUGGUUUUGUCUAGAGUCUAGACUGAUAGAUUGGUUUCUUAAUAGAAUCAAUCAGAUUCCUGAAUUCAAUGCACAAACAGGUAAUUUUUAGUCUAAUCUUUAAGGGUAAAGUAUUUUCAAGAAAUAUUUAUUUGUUCUUCCAUUCAGAAUACAUUUUUUUUAGUCAAUUUGUAAGCUAUUCUUCAUAAUAUAGUACUACAUGAAAUAAACAAACUUCUGAACUUGAAAAGAUUCUUAGAAAAGAUUUUCUACCUUGUGGUUAUAAAAAUUAAAUUGAAAUGUUUGUAGCUGUGAUUGUUAUUAAUGGUACAAGAUAAUAUUAUACCUAUUGUGUAAAUUUUAUUUUAUUUAAUAAAGUUUUAGUAGAAGUUUAUGUUGA